UGUAUAUUGUGUGUGUUGAAAAGAGGACUGAAAUUGCAGAGAUGUCCGUCCAGGUUGUGGCUGCGAAAAUGGCCGAGGUCGAGCUAAAAGAUAUUAAUAGCAAAAGUCUGCCUGCUGCGAUGCCAGUGCCACAAAAGCAGGAAGAAAAGUCGGCGAUUAAAAGUCAGCCCGCUGUCCCUUCCACCAGUCCUGCUGUUUCGGCUGCAGUUAAGGUGGCUGCAGCACCCGAAGAUCCUACCCUUCCAAACCCGAGUCUGAACCUCAUGAAGAUGCCUCAGGCAUCUGUGUUGAAGCGGACUGAACAACAGCACAACGGCGGAGAGGCGUUCAUCAAUCCCGAUGGGACAGUUACUGAGGCCCCGAAGACUGUGAAAAAGCAAAUCCAGUUUGCUGACCAGAAGCAGGAGUUUAACAAGCGCACCACCAAGAUUGGCCGUCGCUCCCUGUCCCGCUCCAUCUCCCAGUCCUCCACAGACAGCUACAGCUCAGCUGCCUCCUACACAGACAGCUCGGAUGAUGAGACCUCUCCGAGAGACAAGCAGCAGAAGAACUCCAAGGGAAAUAGUGACUUCUGCAUCAAAAACAUCAAGCAGGCAGACUUCGGGCGGAGGGAGAUCGAGAUCGCUGAGCAAGCUGCCCGUCCUGCCUGUGCAGAGAUGCCUGCCCUGAUGGCUUUGAGGAAGCGAGCUCAGGGAGAGAAGCCACUGGCUGGAGCAAAGAUCGUGGGCUGCACUCACAUUACUGCACAGACCGCUGUCCUGAUGGAGACACUGGCUGCCCUGGGUGCUCAAUGCAGAUGGGCUGCCUGUAACAUUUACUCCACACAGAAUGAAGUUGCAGCUGCCCUUGCUGAAGGUGGAUUUGCUGUGUUUGCGUGGAAAGGUGAAUCAGAAGACGACUUCUGGUGGUGUAUCGACCGCUGUGUCAAUGUGGAGGGGUGGCAGCCCAACAUGAUUCUGGAUGAUGGAGGUGACCUCACUCACUGGAUCUAUAAGAAGUACCCCAACAUGUUUAAGAAAAUCAAGGGCAUUGUGGAGGAGAGUGUCACUGGAGUGCACAGGUUGUACCAGUUGUCUAAAGCUGGGAAGCUGUGUGUUCCAGCCAUGAACGUGAAUGACUCUGUAACCAAACAAAAGUUUGAUAAUCUUUACUGCUGUAGGGAGUCCAUCCUGGAUGGUCUUAAAAGAACGACAGAUGUGAUGUUUGGAGGAAAGCAGGUGGUAGUGUGUGGAUAUGGAGAGGUUGGAAAGGGUUGCAGUGCUGCCCUGAAAGCCAUGGGCUCCAUUGUGUACGUCACUGAGAUAGACCCCAUCUGUGCACUGCAAGCCUGCAUGGAUGGUUUCAGACUGGUGAAGCUGAAUGAAGUCAUCAGACAGGUGGACAUAGUUAUCACUUGUACAGGCAAUAAAAACGUUGUGGUAAGGGAAUACUUAGACCGUAUGAAGAAUGGUUGCAUUGUCUGCAACAUGGGACAUUCCAACACUGAAAUUGACGUGGCCAGUCUGCGCACUCCUGAGCUGACCUGGGAACGUGUGAGGUCACAGGUGGACCAUGUGAUCUGGCCUGACGGCAAGAGAAUAGUGCUGCUGGCCGAGGGUCGUCUUCUGAAUCUGAGCUGCUCUACAGUUCCUACCUUUGUGCUCUCCAUCACUGCAACCACCCAGGCACUGGCUUUAAUAGAGCUUUACAAUGCUCCAGAGGGCCGUUACAAGCAGGAUGUCUACUUGCUGCCAAAGAAAAUGGAUGAGUACGUGGCGAGCCUUCAUCUUCCAACAUUCGACGCACAUCUAACUGAACUGACAGAUGAGCAAGCAAAGUACCUGGGCUUAAAUAAAAACGGACCCUUUAAGCCAAAUUACUAUAGGUAUUAGCCUUCUGUAAAAAUAAAAAAAAAACAGACCAGAAGAACAGUAGAGACUAGAACAAGAAAAGAAGUCUUUCAAAGCAACUGUACAGGAUUUAAGAAGCUCGUGAUUUUAAAAAGCUGGACUUGACAGCGAAGCAGACACACACAGCACAUUGAGCUUUAUUUAUUUAAACUGGAAUAUUGUAACCUAACCUGCAGGUAGCCCUGGCUGCUGGGUCACUCCUAGAGUGGCUUGAGGAGGUUACAUGGAUUAAUUUUCUCUUAUGUAUCUUAUCAGUUGUAAGUAAUCCAUUAGAAGUGUUAUUGUAACCCUAAAGAGAGAUAUUGGAAACAAACAAAAAAGUGUGAGGUGAUUAUUUUUUACAUUUUAUGAUGCACAAGUUUCAGUCUUAUCUUUAUUUUCUGUUUGAAGGGGGUGGGGUCUGCAUUCUUACUGUCUGAACCACAGAUCAAUAGAUUCAGAUUUGAUUUGUUUUAAAGCUCAUUUUGUUCUGUUCCAAUAUAUUUAAGAGAAGUUUGCACAAGUAAAUUGGCUAAUGAUAUUAUUCAUUCUUUGUCUGUUGUCCCUUCCCUCUGUGAGACCAACACUAAAUGUGAAAGGUAUCCUACUGACAGCACUACAUUUUUAAAGUUCACUGUUGCUUUCUAUGGUCCUCUGUGUCAUUUAAAAUAUAUCCAGAUUAAUAUAAAAUAUAUUUUUAAUACAUCAGUGUUCAACCAACAUGAUACAACUCUCACGCUCUCAAUCUCGCUCUUGCUAUAGAGAGAGAGAGAGCGAAAGAGAGGGGUGGCUAUCUUCUCUAAAGAGUAGUGUUUUAAAUGGAAAUUGUUCUCAAGUGUUUUCCUUGAUUUCUUCAAUGUGAUCAUCUUACCUUUUUCUUAAAUCAUAUGCAGUAUCUUUUUUUUGGGGGGGGGGUGGAUAGUUAAGGGAGCUGUAGUUUGUAUGUGAAUCGCAGCUUCCUUAAGCAUUAGUUUUUAGUAAUUUUUUAAUUACUAGCUCGGAUGAGCAACUUAAUUUGCAUUUGACAUAACCCAUCACUAACUGCUACUAUUGAACAUCAUUUACACUACACAGUAUUUAUGUGUUGCAUUUACACCAGAGGCUGGCCUUCAAGCCAAGACAAAACAAGAACUGCACCAAUUAGUGUGACCUGUCAUUGACAUGUAUCAUCGUUUCCAAUAAAAUCCAUUGUGAAUGGGACAAAGACCUUCCCAUUAAAUUAUAUAAGUGUGUACUGUCCUAUAUAAAACUUAGUCUACUACAAACAACAUUAGUAUAGGUACUGACCCACUCAACCUUUUAAAGUAUUUAUAUAGUACUUAUAAAGUUUUAAACUAAUGUAAAUUAAUUUAUAUGCAUCAAUACACAGUCUUGUUGCUAAAGCGAUGGAUUUUAAAGCUUUACAAAGAAGACGUUUAUUAUCAGUAUUAGUGUAACAGGAAGAGUCUUUGAACUCCUUCCUGGAUACUUUAACGUUGUCUUUAGGUUCACAAUGCUCGGAUUUAAUGAUAAUCAAACAAAUGAUAAUAAUUAGUUAAUUUACUUGUGCUAAUUUUAACCCAUCCUUAUGAAGUGGAUAAAGAUUAUUUGUUUGCAAGUAAAAAUAAAUCAGCAUUUUCUUAACUUAUUUUAGGUUACGUUGUUCACUCCACACCUAUGUUUUUUUACUGAAAUUGUCUCAGGAUCACAAUCUGCAUGUGACCGGUAAUCAUUUAUGUAACAUUAAGCAGAGAGGGCAACACCAGCAUAUUGUUAAGAUUUAAGAACUUUAAAGAAAAAAAAAAUCUGAUGUAUUUAUCAUUAUAAAUCUGUACUACAAAAAACAAAUAAAUUUGACAUUUUAAUUUUUCUGAAAUGAUGUUUUAAAUAUUUCAAGUGAUUGUAGUAGAUGAGCAAUAAUGAACCUGUAAUCUUUAACCAUAAUAAAUUGUAAAAAAAAAAAAAAAAAAA